AUGCGAGACAACUACGAUACCAUUCUCGAGUCUCGGGUCCUUCGAGUUCUCCUUGGCGAGAACAAGACCGCCACCGGCGUCGAGUUUGUUCCGCGGAGCGCUACAGACGCGUCGCAGGCCAGGACUGUCUCUGCCCGGAAGGAGGUCAUCGUUGCUACUGGAACUAUCAACACGCCCAAGAUGCUCCAGGCCAGUGGCAUUGGGCCCAGGGCUGUGCUCGAAGAAGCGGGAAUCGACGUCGUUGUUGAUCUUCCCGGCGUGGGCUUCAACUUUCAAGAUCACCCCGUGGGAGGCGGCGCGACUUUCAUUCUAACCAACUUCAACAUCCGCCCCGAUCCCAGCGAUCUUCAGUCCAACGCCACGUUCCGGGAUGAAGCUCAGGCAGAGUUUGCCCAAUUCAGGACUGGCCCGUUGUCCAUUGCCUCUGGAAACCUGAUGGCUUUCCUCCCCUUCAGCGUCAUCUCCUCCAAGGCUGAGACCAUCGCCUCGGCUCUUGAGGACCAGGAUCCUGCUGCGUAUCUCCCUCCCGGUACGGAAAAAACCCUUCUAGCGGGCUACGCGACCCAGAAGAAGCGCCUGGCCGCCCUUCUGCGCUCCGACAACUCGGCAAACUACAACCUGUUCCUCCGCGGUGCCAACUUCGGCGGCACUGUCGUCUACCUCCACCCAGUGUCCCGCGGAACCAUCCACGUCAACCCCGCCAACCCCUUCUUCGGCAACCCUAUCGUCGACUACCGCGCCGCCUCCAACCCGCUCGACCUCGACAUCCUGGCCGAGUUCGUCCGCUACACGCGCCGCUUCUACACCGAGACGAGCCUGAGCCAGUACGGCCCCAUUGAGAUCAGUCCGGGCCCCAAAGUCACCAGCGACGAGGCCCUGCGCGAGGCCCUCAGGUCUUCGCUGAGCCCGACGUGCUUCCACCCCGUCGGGACCGCGGCCAUGAUGCUCAGGGAGCUCGGCGGCGUCGUUUCGGAGCUGCUCGGGGUCUACGGCGUCAGCGGCCUGAGCGUCGUCGACGCCAGCAUCGUUCCCGACUUGCCCGGUGCGUAUACUCAGCAGCCCACGUAUGCCAUUGCCGAGAAGGCGGCCGACCUAAUCAAGAGGAGGGCGAGGCGGUGCCCGAGGGCCCUCUGA